GAUUCUCGCGACAGGACAGGACGAGGAUAGGACAGUGUGUGCUGUGAGUUGUGUUCCUUCUCAAAAUGGCAGACGGGUUGUGCUCGGGUGAACCUUUUGCCGAUGUUAUGGAAAAAACUGCAGAGCAUGACAUUGACAAUGCCUUAGUUUGUGAGAAAAUUGACAGUGUGGAUGGUGGAGCUUGUGAAAAUGUGAAAAACUUCUACAUGGCAAGUGAGAGUGCUAAGUUAUUCGAUAAGUUGUAUGUUAAAUCUGGACAUGAGGGAUUUCUAUGUGAAGAAGACUGCAGGAAGAAGAGAUGCGUCGACAGAUAUGACAGCUCGGAAUCUUCAGAUAGUGGCGUGGCAGCCCUGAGCUGCACCGACUGCAGCGCCAGCAGCACCUCGUCGAGCGACAUCACCGAGCCCGGCUCCCCCUUCAGCACCGCCUCCACGCAUUCCGAGGACUCGGGCUCGGCUAAGAUGCCGCCCACGCCGCCCCAAGUCGCCCAUCACCCGCCCUGGCCGUGGACCGCAGAAGGGCCGCCGCCCGCCAAGAAGGCGGCCUUCCUGCCCGAACAGACGAUACGCCUGCCCACACAGAAGGAGAAUACUAGUUCCCCCCCGCACUACGUCAGAAUCGUCCCUAGCACGAACAACAAUCGGGCGAAGAAGAUCGAAGCCAACAAGCUGCAACAAGGCAAGAUCACGGAGUACUUCAAGUCGCAGGUGCGACUGAACGGCAUCAGAAAGGACCUCUUCCAGUACAACAAGAAACCUGCCUCUUCCAAAGCCACCGUCGACCAGCAAACGCAGUACAGCGUGAAAAGUCGCAAGGAAAUGAGGAAACCCCCAAGCGUUCGCAAAGGAGUGCAAUCGAAACUGAAGAAGUCUCCGGUACCUAGAAAGAUUCUGCCGGCUCCCAGCAACAUGCCCGAGAAGAUAUCCAUCAACGAUCAGUUGAACAACAUUGCCAAGUACUCGCCUACGGUCACCCUUACUGCUCUGAGCUUUCCCUCCAACUACACUUAUCUACACGCGAAAACACCGAAACCUCCCGACGCUAGUCCUAUCUUCGUGCCGCAGUUCACUGCCAUCCCCAACGACAAAAUGCCCCUGCUCACCGCUAUAAACAACUUCAAUUGUGUCAAAUUAAAUGCGACGGUAGUGCCUAUCGUCAAAGUCAACGCGUUGCCUUCGAGAUUGAACGGGUCUGCCAACUUGACGAAUCUGAACGCUCCAAACAUCAUACCAAAUGUAGCCUUAAGCGUGGAGACCGCGGUGCCUACCGUGCUCACAGCCAAACCGAGGCUGAACAAAAGCAAUAUCCUGCCUGAAAGUUUCCCCCUCACCACUUUUUCGACGCCGAAGGUGAAAAGUUCGAGUAGUCCUGCAGUUUGCCGGGUUGAGGAGAGUUCAAGGACAGAGGAACCGCAUAGGAAGGAGGAUGUGUCGCGGAAAGAUGACUCCUCUCCUACGCCGACCGAUUCCGAUAGCGGGAUAUCGAAUAAAGAGUGCUUGGAAGUUAGUAUUAGUGAUAUUGUGGUACUCGAUGAACAGAAGUCUCCGAUCCUUUCGAAGCCGAAGACGAUCAGGUUUCCGGCCAAGCAGGUCGAUAAGGAUGAGGGAAAAUCGCCGCAGCAGUCUGCGGACGGUUUGUGUAGAUGGGCCGAUUGCGAUUGUCGAUUUGAUACCAGUGGGGCCUUAUUAGAACAUCUACAGGUUAAACAUGUGAUAUCUCAAACAACACAAGAACACUAUGUGUGCUUGUGGUUAGGCUGUAAGGUGCAUGGAAGAACUUCGUGCUCAAGGUCAUGGUUGGAAAGACAUGUCCUGGCCCAUGCUGGGACAAAGCCAUUUCGUUGUAUAGUGGAAGGAUGUGGCCAAAGAUUCAAUUCACAAUUGAUGUUGGAGAGACACGUCAACAGUCAUUUCAACUCGGACGGCAGUCCGAACACAACUGUGAAAAAGUCACCUGAAAGUGGAUCCUGCAAGCUGUUCAAGAGGAAUGGAAAACGGAUAAGGUUUAGGAGACAGCCUUGGUCAGCACGCAUGUUCGAUUUCAUCGACCCCGGUAUAAUGGAGGGCCUUCAGCACAAUCUUCUCAUGUCGACGCAGAAAAGAACGUUAGGAAAAAUAAGCGACACUGGUGAUACAGUCCAUUUAAGAAGCGAAGUUUUAGCUAGACGAGUAGAAAACGAUGGUAGCAUUAAAUACCUGCUCAGGUGGCAUCCUGCAGACGUCGCUCCCGACGAAUGGGUGCUGGAAAAAGAGUACAAACCGACUAGAAUAGUAUCGAUACCACAUUUGGAUCCGUCAUCGAAAGAUGCUCUCAGGCCUUCAUUGUUUCCAUCACAACCUAGGCGAAAGCAUCAUCGUAAACCCAUUUCAAAGCAAACGUGAUAAAAAUGUUGUUAUUUAAAAUAAUAUUUAUAAUAUUUUUGAGCCUUUGUAUAAAACAAAUAUGAAACACCAGCGUGCGUGUUUAAAUGGUCAAGGAAAUGUUAAUGUUCAUAUAAAAACUGGAAAUCGCGAUUUUAUGUUGUUAUGAAUUUUGCUGUGAUGUGGAUCAACAACUUGUAGCCGCACAAAUAUUUGCUAUCAUGGGAUUUGAUAUAGUACAACAAGAGCAAUAAUAACUAAUAUCUAUUUAAGAAUUUUCAAUCAUUCAUAUUCCAAAUCCAUAGAAGUUGUAUCCCAACUGUUCUUUUUAAUUUUUUUCAGAAUAUUGGGAUUGAAAUCCUCAUGUGAUCAAUGGAUCAAGAAAUAGAAUCAAGACAUCUUGAAAUUCGUUUGUGAGCUGAACAAUCAAACUGAAAAAUGAAACAUAAUAACUUUAACUUCACAACUGAUUUGGCC